AUGCUUUUCGUCAAGCCUUUGAUUCUGCGUUACCGUAGUCGAGUGACCGAUGCUCGCUAUUACACACUGCGCGAUGAGAGCGUGAGAGCUGAUAUGAAUGGAGACGAUGCAGAGGUGGUUCAUACAGAGCCGAAGACAACUUCCUCCGUAGGAAGUGGCGUUAGUGAUCACGGACAUGGUGGAUCAGGACCG